GCUCUCGCGAUUGCUGUCAGUGUCAUUCCUCCGAUUCAAUGGCUGACAGUGGCGGUAGCGAGAUGAGUGAUUUCACGGCGACUUAUUCAGAAACCGCAACAGUAGAAAGUAAUUCCAAUCACAUAGGAAACGGUUCUGUCGCGUAUGAAAAGGUGGAUAGUGAGGAGAGUUUGCGGAAUCGUCGGCGACUGAACGGAACGGCUGUGAAUCAUCGAGAUGAAGACUUGCGGAAAACGACAUCGUCGUCACAACAAAAUGGUCUCAAUUUCAGUAAACACAAUACUUCAUCGGGAGAUAAGGAAUCUUUCGAAGAAGUCUCGCUUAUCAGUGCCUGCCUAACAUACUUGGGAUUUUAUUUACUUAUGGUAUUAGGUUAUAUCAAUCAAUUGUUAUUCAAACCAAAGGUAACAAAGGAAGAGAAUCGUGAGGGCUACGUACCACUCUACAAUAGUUUUGAACGUUUCUAUAUGCUUUACAUAUAUCGGCGCGUUCGUGACUGUUGGAAUCGUCCAAUAUGUAGUGUUCCCGGAGCUGAAUUAACAUUGAAAGACCGCAUUACGCCCGACUAUGGAUGGACCUUUGAAUUUACUGGAACGCAAACACGUUGCUUGAAUCUAGGUUCAUAUAACUAUCUCGGUUUUGCUGCUGCUGACGGUCCAUGUGCGGAUGAUUCUGCGAAAAUGAUUGAAAAAAGAGGUUUGGCAUACUGCAGUUCUCGACAAGAAUUGGGAACUUCAUUUUUACAUCAAGACCUUGAAGCACUCACUGCGAAAUUCCUUGGUACCGAGGAUGCCAUUGUCUUUGGAAUGGGCUUUGCUACUAACGCACUCAAUCUGCCGACUCUCAUGUCCCCUGGCUGUUUGGUAUUAAGUGAUGAAAAGAAUCAUGCCUCUAUCAUUUUGGGACUUCGAUUGUCUGGGGCCACGAUCAAAGUUUUUAAGCACAAUAAUAUGAAAGAUUUAGAAAGGGUGCUUCGUGAUGCGCUGGUAUAUGGACAACCAAAGACAGGGGCGCCUUGGAAAAAAAUGAUAAUCUGUGUUGAGGGAGUUUAUAGUAUGGAGGGUUCGAUUGUUAAACUACCGGAAAUUGUUGCACUGAAGAAAAAAUAUAAGGCGUAUAUUUAUUUGGACGAAGCUCAUAGCAUCGGAGCAACAGGACCGCACGGAAGAGGAAUUGUCGACUAUUAUGGGUUGGAUCCGAGUGACGUGGACAUACUGAUGGGAACUUUCACUAAGAGUUUCGGAAGCGCCGGCGGUUAUAUCGCUGGGUCGAAGAGGCUCAUCAAUUUUUUGCGUACAAACAGUCACGCUCACUGGUACGCUAGCUCAAUGUCACCACCUGUAGCGCAACAAAUCUUCACUUCCAUGAGCAUUAUUUUAGGAUUAGAUGGCACCAACGAAGGUCGAAGACGCAUCGAACAAUUAGCGCGAAAUACACGCUACUUCCGACGACGAUUAGCACAAAUCGGCGUGAUCACAUAUGGUCAUGAAGAUUCGCCUGUUAUACCUUUACUUGUGUAUUUAUUCUCGAAAAUUGGCGCUGUUGUUCGAACAUUGACGACCCGCAAGAUCGCCGUUGUUGGAGUUGGUUUCCCCGCAACGCCUAUCAUGGAAGGACGAAUACGAUUCUGUUUGUCUGCUGCCCACACAAAAGAACAACUCGAUUAUGCUCUGAAUGUUAUUGACGAGAUCAGCGAUAAGCUCGGUCUCAAAUAUUCACGGAAACCUCGUGAUCCAAAUCCUAUUGAAUACUAAGCCCAAAAGUUUGCUACUUUAUUUAAAUUGAAAAUUUCAACUAAAAGAUUCAUAUUUUAAGAUAGAAAUUAUUUCUGCGAAGUAAAUCCAUUUGAAAUAAAAUACUUGAACAUAAUGAAAUAUAAAACGAAGGUUUUUGUAAGAGUCAUAACGCUGGAAACUUCGUUCUAUUUUAAACCAAAAUAAUAUGUAAAGCUCUUACCGUAGAUUGCGAGUGUACAUUGAUGUUGUAGGUAUGAAUUACGUUCAAAUUGAACGUAAGUGCGCAGUUCUUUUUUUUGUGCCUUUAAAGAUAACAGUGACAUUGUUGUAAAUGUAACAAAUAAUAUAUCAGAUGCAAAGAGUGCUUCAUGCAUGGAGAGGGAACAAACAUAUUUUCAUUCCAGUGAGUUGAAACGAAACGAAACAGAUCAGGAAAUUAAAUGAAUAAACUGAAAGUGAAUUUUCAAUAGAUUUCAAAAUGCUGUUUUUAGAUACAUCACUGGUACCCAGGACUGCUUCCAUGCUUUUCAUCCAAGCGUUUUUCGCGUUUGUGAAAGUCUAGGAGCAUCCGAAGGAUCGUGUUCGUUUUUGCGAAGCAUUUUGUUUUGCAAUAUAGAAAAGUGAGGAUAUUAUUCGUUACGCAUUUUUUCUUCUGGGAUGUUAUGACGCUCAAUCAGCUUUUUAUGUACGCGCAAAACAUUUUUCUUGCAAGCUAUCAGUAUCGCACUAUAAAAACUGUCAGCACUUGUUAGUUGUUUUAUUUUUAAAAAUUUAGGGUUUUUCCCCAUUCCUAAGGAAACUUUUGACGCUUUUUAUAUUUAGUAGGUUAAGAACAAUUGAAAACAUAACACGAAUAAAAGGAACGUUCGGAUUUGUUCUGUUUGUAUAUGGCUUUCUUGUUCGUAAGAUAUUUUGAAAAAUCUGUAAAAGUUAAUUUUGAAAUGGAUGAAAAUAGAUAUUUUCUGAGAAUA